AUGCCUGAAGUUCAAAAUGCUAAUAGACUCGAACCUGCUAAACAGGUUGUUGGUGCUUCAGGACCAGGGGAAGGGGGACAUAAAUUGGAUAAAUAUGCAUAUGGAUUUUGGGACCCACAAAUGAAGAAAUUCAGAGGGAUAGUUUUCAAGAUUUUGGGAAUGACAACUAUCAUAACUAUUUUGGUCAUGUGGGCUACAUUACCUUUAUAUUGGGGAUCUCUUUGGAAAGCCAAUAGAUAUACGAAUCGCCUUACUGUCCGAGUUAUCGAUAGAGAUGGGGGUAUCAUUGGUCAAAGUGUUUCACAAGGAUUACUACAACAAACAAACUUGAAAUACUUCAUCACCUCCCCAUCCGAAUUCCCCACAGAUGAUCUCCUCGCUCGGAAUAUAGUAGAUGAAGGAGCGUGGGCAGCGGUAAUUAUCAAUCCUGAUGCUUCGACAUCUUUGGUCAAUGCUAGACAAAAUGGGAAUAACAGUUAUAAUGGGACUUCAGCAGUAUCGAUUUAUUAUUCUCAAGCGAGGAACGAAAAUGCCGUUGGAAGUUAUUUAGUACCGAAUUUACAAUUGGAAGUAGGAAUGGUCGUUGGGAAAUUCUCUUUUCAAUCGGUCGGACAAUAUAUACAAGAAAAUGCCAAUAAUGUCACUGCUAUGAAUCUUUUGGCACAAGCACCCAGUACUAUAGCUCAGAGCGUUUCGUUCGAAAUGAUAAACCUUCGUCCUUAUAACCAACCUGUCGCCACGGCUAUCACAUUAGUGGGUCUCAUUUACAUGUUGAUCUUUGCUUUCAUCUUGACAAUGACCAAUAAUGCCGUUCGGGAAAUUAUUGGACCAUUCCUAACCACAAAAUCAUACCUCAUGUACCGCAUCUUCGCCCCUUUGACCCUCUAUCUUCCUAUCUCUUUCUUCUUCUCCAUGAUUUCCCUCCCAUUCAAAGCUCAUUUCGGUGCUCAUUUCACUUAUGCCGGAGGGUUCUUCCUCUGGGCGUGGACUUUGUUUUUGGGUAUGGCAAGUGUCGGUCUCGCCACGGAGUUUGCUAUAACUAUCAUGGGUCCACGAUUUAUAAGUUUCUUCCUUAUUCCUUGGAUUCUAGUCAAUGUUUCCGUCGCCACUCUCCCUCAUGAUCUUCAACCUUGGAUAUACCGUUAUGGUGUAGCUAUGCCUUUCUACAACGUAGGACGUAUAAUCAGAACUAUCAUAUUCGAUACUAAAAAUGAGAUAGGAAGAAAUAUGGGUGUUUUGUUAGGUUGGACAGGAAUGAGUAUUUUCACUAUUUGUUUAGCUACUUGGUUGUUCAGAAGAGAAAGUGUCAACGCGCAUAGGAAAGGUGUUGGGGAGAAUGAAUAUGACGCUCCUGAACGGAUGGCAAAAGAAGCUGAACAGGUUUGA